CGACGUCGUAUCUUGUAAACAACAAAACACGAGUACUGUUUUUUCUUCUUCUUUCUCCUUCAAUCUCUUCCUCAAAUCACUCUUUUUGGGGUUCGUUUUGUUUGUGUUGUAAGCAUCCCUGUUGUGCAUUUCGUUUAUCCAGGUGAAUUCUUGCAAAGCCUUGAGCAGCUUUCAGAUGAUAAAGACUUUGGUCUCUCCUUAUAGUGGAUUUGGAUCUCAGAAGUUGAAGUUUGACAGAUCUUCUGAGAAAGUGAAGACGAGAGCAGUAAGAAUGGAGCUCACAAUCACUCAACCUGAUGAUUGGCAUCUUCAUCUCCGUGACGGUGAUCUUCUUCAUGCUGUUGUUCCCCACAGUGCGAGUAAUUUUAAGAGAGCGAUUGUGAUGCCGAAUCUGAAGCCUCCUGUCACCUCCACUGCAGCUGCCAUUAUUUACCGGAAAUUUAUCAUGAAAGCUUUGCCAUCUGAGAGUAGCUUUGAUCCACUUAUGACACUUUAUUUGACUGACAAAACUCUACCUGAAGAGAUCAGGCUUGCAAGGGAAAGUGGUGUGGUUUAUGCGGUGAAGCUGUACCCUGCCGGAGCAACAACCAACUCUCAAGAUGGUGUCACGGAUCUCUUUGGAAAAUGCUUACCGGUACUAGAAGAGAUGGUCAAACAAAACAUGCCUUUGCUGGUUCAUGGGGAGGUCACAGAUCCGAGUAUCGAUGUCUUUGACCGCGAGAAAAUCUUCAUUGAGACAGUUCUGCAGCCUCUAAUCCAACGCCUUCCGCAGCUGAAAGUAGUGAUGGAACACAUCACAACCAUGGAUGCUGUGAAUUUUGUUGAAUCUUGCAAAGAAGGGUCUGUGGGUGCAACAGUCACACCACAACAUCUCCUUCUCAACAGGAACGCCCUUUUCCAAGGUGGAUUACAACCUCACAACUACUGUCUUCCCGUUCUCAAAAGAGAAAUACAUAGAGAAGCCAUUGUCAAAGCUGUAACUAGUGGAAGCAAGAAGUUCUUCCUCGGCACAGAUAGUGCUCCACAUGAACGGAGUAGAAAAGAAUCAUCCUGCGGAUGUGCUGGUAUUUACAGCGCUCCCAUUGCCUUGUCCCUAUACGCCAAGGUCUUUGAUGAGGCGGGUGCGCUGGACAAGUUGGAAGCUUUCACCAGUUUCAAUGGACCUGAUUUCUAUGGCCUUCCGAGAAACUCGUCAAAGAUCACACUGAAGAAAUCUCCUUGGAAGGUUCCAGACGUUUUCAACUUCCCAUUCGGAGAGAUCGUCCCUAUGUUUGCUGGAGAAACCCUUCAAUGGCAACCGUUGAAAUAAUGUGGUGAUUUGAAGUUGUCAAAUUUUUUCUCCCAAAUAAGUGAACUCGUGUACCUUUUGGAUUGAAUUUUCUUACGGCUGAGUUAUGCCCUGCAUUUUUUGAGGAAUAAAAGCAAGAUACUGACCAAUAAUGUUUAUUUUGUGUUUGAAUCUGUCUAUUUUCUCUAUAUUGAAUCUAAAUGACAGUAUAAUUCUCAAUCAGUGUGGGUCUGAUUCCUAGUCCUCCCGACGAAGAUGUUCCAUUCUCGUAAAGGCUAGGCAGAAAUGCUGUUGGGUGAAGUGUAGAUGGACUCAUUGGCCAAGGUAUGCGUUCCUCCAUAUUCACUGAUCCGCCUAGAUUCGGUUCUUCUGUAGAUGGGUCCAUGUAAGAGACUUUCGCGUUAGUUUCAUCUUCAGUUAUCAUGUCUGUAGAUGUUUGCAUUUUCCCAGCAGAAUGGUCCGGUAAACUGGAAGUCUUGUCUUCCUCGUAAGACUUUGUAAGUGAACUGUCUCUGCUCUUGGAAUUUGAGGACUUUCUCUGCAUAUGCAUAAACUUUUAUUUCGGAUAUUUCUGCCAAAACACUCAAGAAACCAAGAAACCGU